AUUGUGUGCAGUUCGUUAAUAGUGAAAGUGAAGUGAAUUAUAAAAAUAAAAUGCCGCCAAAAACUAGUGGUAAAGCAGCUAAAAAAGCCGGAAAGGCACAAAAAAAUAUCACCAAGACCGAUAAGAAGAAGAAGCGCAAGAGGAAGGAAAGCUACGCAAUCUACAUUUACAAAGUUUUGAAGCAAGUUCAUCCUGACACUGGAAUUUCAUCGAAGGCCAUGAGCAUCAUGAAUAGUUUUGUGAACGACAUCUUCGAAAGAAUUGCUGCUGAAGCCUCUCGCUUAGCUCACUACAACAAGCGUUCAACAAUCACAAGUCGGGAAAUCCAGACUGCCGUGCGAUUGUUGUUGCCUGGUGAACUAGCCAAGCAUGCUGUUAGUGAAGGAACAAAGGCGGUUACCAAAUACACAAGCUCGAAGUAAUUUUUUUUUUAUUGAAUUUCUUCAAAAAUGGCCCUUUUCA